AUGCUAUCUUUAACUCUAGUUAUUGGCAUCGCCAUCGCCGCCACGAUCCUAUCUCGGCUCUUGAGGGUAGGACAUCGGCCCAAGAAUUACCCUCCUGGCCCGCCAACCUUACCUAUUCUAGGAAACAUUCACCAGAUGCCCUCGCGUGAUGCCCAUCUCCAAUUUGAGAAGUGGGCACGUGAAUAUGGCCCAGUCUAUAGCCUCAUGCUGGGUACAAAAUGUCUCAUCGUGCUGUCUAGUGACGAAGCUGUCAAAGAGUUACUAGAUAAAAAAAGCGGGAUUUACUCGGACCGACAGGAGAUGUACAUCGGCCAGACAUUGUGCAGUGGAGAUCUGAGAUUAUUGAUGAUGGGAUAUGGACCGAAGUGGCGCGGGGUAUGUACUUUUCUACGGUUCAACAAGAUCUGUAAUGUUAACAAGAGCAAACAGUUCCGUAAAAUGAUGCACGGCUUGCUUAAUGUGACUGCUUCGAAGAAAUACGUCCCUUAUCAAAUGCUGGAGAACAAACAAAUGCUCUACCAGUUUCUCGAAGAGCCAGAUAAUUUCUUACGGCACAUUCGUCGUUACUCAAAUGCGCUUACGACGACGAUGGUAUUUGGAUGGCGCACGCCUGUAUACGAGGAUCCCAAAAUGAUGCAGCUUUUCGACGGUUUCUCUGAAUUUGCAGUCAUCAAUCAGACCGGGACAGCGGCUCUCAUUGACUUCUUCCCUGGCUUCGGAAGCUACCCGAUGCAGCGAAAAGCGAAAGAGCUCCACAUGCACGAAAAGGCUCUGUAUCUUUCGCAUUGGAUGCGUGCUAAGCAAGAAACGCAAGAGAAUACAAUCAAACCAUGUUUCUCUGCUGGAAUGUAUGAGGCGCAAAAAAAAGAUGGCUUCAGCGACGACCAGGCAGCCUACUUAUCCGGAACAUUGCUCGAAGCUGGGUCCGACACGACCUCUAGCACACUAUACGCAUUUGUGCAAGCCAUGCUUCUUUUCCCUGAAGUUCAACGUAAAGCCCACGAGGAGAUCGAUCGCAUUAUCGGGCCCGACCGGCUGCCCGACAUGGAUGACCUGCCCAAACUGCAGUAUAUUCGCAGCUGCAUGAAGGAAACACUUCGUUGGAUGCCAACCACUAUUCUUGGCGCAGUUCCUCAUGCGGUGACUCAAGAUGAUGUGUACAAGGGCUAUCUUAUUCCAAAAGGUGCAGGAGUGAUUAAUAACGUGUGGGGAAUUGGAAUGGAUCCUGGUCGCCACCCGAGUCCACGCACCUUUGACCCGGAUCGGUAUCGAGAGGACUAUCAGAGUCUUGGUGAUGCAGCAGCUAACCCGGACGCGUCAAAACGAGAUGCGUUUACCUUUGGUGCGGGCCGCCGAAUCUGUCCUGGCAUUCAUGUUGCUGAGCGCAGUCUUUUUCUCGGCAUGUCUCGUAUCCUUUGGGCUUUCAGUAUCAAGCCUGCUUUGGAUGAGAAAGGCUUGCCCAUCGUACCUGAUCCUGAUCGUUUGACUCAGGGCUUUGUUUGUAUGCCUGAAGAAUUUCCCGCUAGUAUAGCCCCGAGGUCACAAGCGCGUGCAGAUGUGGUGGUUCGAGAGUGGAAGGAGGCUGAGAAAUUGCUUCAUCCAGAGACAAAGCAAUGGCUGCAGCCACCCGUGGAGACCAUCUCAGUUUGA